AGGGUUAGUUCAAGUGACUCAUAAUCGCAAAGACAUGACGACCAACCUCAGUUUCUCCACGGCAAUAUUACUUGUCAUAGUUUCACAAUCAUUCUUUCACAACUCACUCACUUGCUACGCAUUUUCCCAUGACAAGACCAGAGAGGCUCUGGAAAUUAUCAUCGGAGGUGGAGGUUAUGCAAGCCCUGCUCAACCUCCCGAAUGCCCUCCACCCCCUCCCCCUCCCUGUUUACCCCCCGCUUCCCCAGCAGUACAAAUAAAACCACCACCGCCGCCACUUCCACCUUCACAGCCACCAAAACCAAAAUAUACUCCACCAUCAACCCGUCCUUCCCCUGGUAUAGAAGAUCCCUCUGGAAUUAAGUCUAUGAAAUAUUUUGCAACGGUAAUCAGAGGAGUAGGAAAAAAAAUCGGGUAUGACCCACAGCACAUCACAGAUAGCUGGACAGGUGACAACCCAUGUACCUUCAAAGGCGUCGUCUGCCACCAGUUUAUGAACCGGAGCGCUGUCGUUGGCGUCGACUUUAAUGGCAAUCACUUUAAUGGAUAUGGAGGCCAACCAGUAGACCUCAAUAUAUUUCUCACCCAGGACCAGGAUCUCAUGUUCUUCCAUGCCAACAGUAACAACUUCACAAAUCUUCCCAACAACAUUUCCAAACUUCACUACUUGUUCGAGCUGGAUUUGAGCAACAACCAACUCAAUGGCUCAUUCCCAAAAGAUGUCUUGAAAUCACCUUCGCUCACAUUUUUGGACCUGAGGUACAACAAAUUGCAGGGAGCGGUGCCACCUGAAGCCUUCACAAUAUACCUCGACGUUCUCUUCCUCAACAACAACAACUUCAGCGGAAACUUACCAGACAAUUUUGGUAAACUUCGAGCACUUUACCUCACCUUCGCCAACAAUUUCUUCACUGGCGGCAUCCCUAGUAGUAUUGGCAACUGCUCCGAGACACUGGUUGAAGUGCUUUUCUUGAACAACAGCCUCUCCGGAUGCCUGCCUUACGAGAUAGGGAAGUUGAAACACAUGACGGUCUUUGAUACGAGCAUAAACAAGUUUACAGGUCCGAUUCCACAUUCUUUCGGAUGCCUGAAAAAUCUGCAGUUGCUGAACAUGUCGCAUAACUACUUUUAUGGACCGGUGCCAGAGAUGGUCUGCAAGCUAGGUAAUUUGGAACGGCUUACGUUGAACAAUAACUAUUUUACGCAGGUUGGUCCAGAAUGCAGGAAACUGAUUAUGAGUAACAAGCUUAACGUGAAAAUGAACUGCAUAUUAGAUCUUCACGACCAGCGAACUCCCUCUGAGUGUGCGACUUUCUUCUCACAGCACAGGACUUGUCCUAAUGAGCGUUCACUACAACACAUACCUUGCACAAUAGAAAAUGCAGAGACGACAUCAAUGGAAGACGUACUCAGACCAGCAAUGGCUCCGUCUCCUACUUAUGCUGCUCUCGGAAUCCACCAUUAGUGUACCAACAAGUACAUAAUCUGGCAAAGAUGCUGCUGGUGUAUAUUUUUCAUGUAUUAAUGUUGUAAGGUCUAGAUGCAGCAGUGUCAUAAUAUAAGUAUAUAAUUUAUCUUCUAGUUGCAAGUAUAAAACUCUGACUACAUCAGUAGAUGCUGAUGAUUAGAGUCUUAUCAAGAUUUCCAUUUCCAUAAGCAGGUGGGCAAGUGCAAUAUGUACUAGACUUUCCUCAGUUACAAUAUAUGUACCUGGUGUUCAUUCU